AUGGUCUCUGCAAAAUUUCUCGCACUGGGCUUUUCACCUAAAGGAAUAAAUAUUCCUUCAAUGAUUAUUCACCAGAGGAUUCAGCGAAUAUUAUUUGUGCAAAAUAGGCUUACCCAUUUGAGUCCUUUCUCUACUACACGAUCUUUUCGGUUUCAACCUUCUCCAAAGAUACCAUGCUUGAAGCUUCAAAAUCCCCAGCUACAUUUUGCGUCACUCCAAAAAUUGCAUUUUUCGAAUAAAAGUCCUUUUACAUUACCAAACGAUUUAAGAGUAUUUAGAAGUCAACAGAUUCCAAAAGAAUCAGUCAAAGUUACAGCAGAGAAUGAAAAUAUCACACAUAAAGUUGCUCAACUCGCCAAAGAGGAAACAAAUAUAAAUGAAAAGUCUUCUGCUGCUGCCGUAACUAAAAAAAAACCAUUGACUACACGUAUCAAAGAUGAAAUUACACAUUAUUGGCACGGUACAAAAUUAUUAGGAUUGGAAAUUAAGAUAUCAACUAAGCUAUUGUAUAAAUUAUUAAAGGGACAAAAGCUUACACGUCGAGAACAUAGACAGCUCAGGCGUACUACACAAGAUUUGGUUAGACUCGUUCCGUUCUUAGUUUUCAUAAUUGUUCCUUUUAUGGAAUUUUUAUUACCAAUAGCAUUAAAAUUGUUUCCUAAUAUGCUACCAAGCACCUUUGAAGAUAAAUUUUCAAAGGAAGAAAAAAAGAGAAAAUUGCUAAAAGUUCGUUUGGAGAUGGCCAAAUUCUUACAAGAAACAAUCGCUGAAACCGGUACAACUGGGUUGAAAAGUGCCGAAGCAGCAAAAGAAUUUACAGAAUUUUUCCGAAAGGUUCGUUCUACUGGAGAGCAAGCUAGUACUGAGGACUUGCUUCGUAUAGCUAAUAUUUUUGAAGAUGAAUUAACAUUGGAUAACUUAUCACGCCCUCAAUUGGUUAGCAUGUGUCGUUAUAUGAAUCUAAAUGCUUUCGGUACAGAUAAUUUCUUAAGGUACCAAAUUAGAAAUCAAAUGAGGAGUAUUAGGGAGGAUGAUAAGAUGAUAAUGGCGGAAGGAGUCGACUCAUUAACCAUUCCGGAACUUCAACAUGCGUGUCAAUCGCGUGGCAUUAGGACGAUCGGAGUUUCUCCAGCGCGUCUACGCAGUGAAUUGAAUCAGUGGCUGGACCUUCAUUUAAAUCAUAAAGUACCUUCUACUUUAUUAAUCUUAUCUCGCGCUUUUAGUUUUGCGGAUCGAAAUGAAUUGGCCAAUCAAGCAGAAGCUCUUCAAGCAACUUUGAACAGUUUGCCGGACAAUCUUGUUAACGAAACUGAGUUGCAAGUUUCAGAAGCAGAUGGUGCAGCCACAUAUAAGCAAAAACUCGAAGUUAUUGAAGAGCAAGAAGAAUUGAUUGCUGAUGAAAAGGCUCAAGAAGAGAAAGAAGAGGCUGCAAGACGAGCUCAAAAAGAGGCGGAAGAAGCUGCUAAGGAAGCAGCUCUUGCUGAACAAUUACUUAGUGAUGUUCAAGUUCCAGAGGAAGAUGUACGCAUGACAGAAGAACAACUUCAAGAACUUCGUGUGGCGCUUUCAAUACUUUCUUCAAAGUCUGCAGUGCUGGAAGAAAGAGAGGCAUUAAAUGAAAUCAAAGAGGAUCGUGAGGAAUAUAAGGAGGACAUGGAAGAAUUGGGAAAGCAUACAGAAUCUAAAGUUCAGCACCGUCUUGGAGAACGUUUGGAAAAAAUGAUACAAAAAAUUGAUAAAGAAUUGGAACAAUAUGAUAGUGAAGUUGGAUCGAAAUUUAAUCUUAUUCAAGCCAAUGAAAGUGGACAAAUAAGCGUUCAUGAUUUGGAAGAAGCUUUAAGAAUUAUCAAGCAUACGCCUGGUGAUAAUGAGAGAAUUAAAAAGAUCGUUAAAAAAUUGGACGUAGAUGGUGAUGGAUUAGUAUUUUUAGAUCAUAUUUCAGAACUAUGUACAGAAGGUGAAGGUUUGGGUGUAUUAGUGAAGAAGGAACCCGAAAAUAGUGAUGAAAAAGUGAAAAAACCAAAAAAGGAAGAUAUUAUACAAACAUAAAUAAACAAAAUAUUAUUUAAGUGCAGAUGAUUUUUUUAAAUAAAAAUUUAAUAUUGAUUUUAUGUAAUAUAACCUAGAUUUCCAACUGUAGUAAAAUAAAAUAUCUCAAAU